AGCGGGACUCGGCCAAUUGCAACCCAUUUGCAAAGCGGCGGGCGCGCGCGCAACACUCGUCAUGGCGACAGACUCGAUAACGUGGUGGCAGUGGUUCGUCCGCUUCAACGAUGUGAGACAGCUGUGGGCCGCGCAGCCCACCUACCUGAUCUCACAGACGGUGUUCAUGCUGGCUGGAUUCAUCACCCUGGUGCACGCUUUCAAGAAAGGUGGCAGAUGGCCAUAUUUCUGGCUCGGCACAGUGCUGCAUGGUCUCUACGCCGACAACUUCUGGCACAUCCUUUUGCCAGAGUACGACAACUUCUGGCACUCACAGACCCCUGUCAUGUUACUUGGUGGGAGAUUGCCGCUUCACAUUGUAUUCUUGUACCCAGCUUUCAUGUACAAUGCGGCGUACUCAGUGUCGCGAUUGAACCUUCCUCGUUACGCUGAGCCUUUCGCCGUGGGGCUGGUCACCGUCCUCAUCGACAUACCCUACGACAUCACGGCCGUGAAGUUCGUCCACUGGACCUGGCACGACACCGACCCCAACAUCUUCGACCGCCACUACUGGGUGCCCUGGACCUCGUACUACUUCCACGCCACUUUCACAACGAGUUUCUACUUCUUGUUCGAUGCCUCCAGGAGGUGGUUGGCCCCGAAGGUCGAAAAGUGGAAGUCGGCUGGAGCAAAGACAGAAUGGAAAUCGUUGCUGAUCGCGACAAUCCUGGGCAUGCCGGGCGGCGUGCUCAUGUUCGUGCCGAUCUACCACCCGCUGCACGACCACCUCAAGAUUCACACGGAGGUCACGGUGUUCGUGCUCUUCUCCAUCUAUGCUGUCUUCAUCAUCAACGGCCUCGCGAGUGACAGGGAGAAGGUUAAGGAGAGACUGUCCGGGAUCGAUUAUCUUUUGAUAAUGCAACUUAUUUCGCAUUACUUCGUAUACUUGCUGAUGGUGACUUUCUUCUGGCCCGAAAAAGAAAUCUCAACAGGAUUCCACGAGCCUGUGGGACCAUGCGACCAAGUUACAUCGCUCGUAACACCAUUCGGACAGACUCUGGAGAAGCGACAGUACUUCUGCCCCGACAACUACGACGAGGGGUACUUCGGCUUCAGCUGCGUGGGGCACAAGAGGCCCAAGGACGGCGCCCGCUGGUACACCAUCUGCGGAACACCCUUCGCGAACCGCAUGGAAUACAUCGUCGUCAUAUCCACCAUCGUGAUCGCGGCGACCGGCAUAUUCUACAGCAUGUACUCGCGGCCCGCGGCUGUCCCCGUCACCCCCAAGAAGAAACAGAAGACAAAGUAAUUCACUGAAGCAUUAUAUUACUCUUCGCUCGUGUCAUGACAACUUGCUAUAAUCACAAAUAAACCAAAAAUGUUUUACCAAC